AUGGCUGAACCCACCGAAGACCCCGAAAUUACCUUCACGCAGAUCGACGUCGAUCUUGAUGUGCAAGAGAUCCUCCUCGCUGCCUCUCAACACGAUUUCGCAAAGCUACGCCAGCUCGUCCGGACCCAAUCCCAGCUCCCCGAUGCAGCCAACGUGAAGGACCCGGAAACAGGCUACUCCCCUCUCCAUUCUGCUAUCGCUGCCUGCGAGCCCGAAGCAGAAGACAAGACCAACGGCGCCGCUACCAUUGAUCCCGAUUUGUUGAAGUCUGCCAUUGCCACAGUCAAGCUGCUCCUGCAAGAAGGCGCGAUCUGGAAUGAUCUCGACAAUAACGACGAGACACCGGGGUGUCUCGCCCGGCGCAUCGGCGCAUUGGAGCUGUACGAGCUGAUCGUCGACGCCGGCGUGCGCGCCGAAAUGCUGAUGAACCGAUUGGACGGAUAUGAAGAGCUCUCCGAUGAAGACGAAGAUGAGGAACAAGAAGCGAAGGCGGGAAAAGAGUCCGAGACAGCCCCGGAACUCGUCGAUGCCUCCGUGCAAGAAACUGCCCGGACAGACGCACCUGCAAACCCCCAAGUCUCUAAUCGAGGCUACCUAGACUCGAAUCUCACUAUCGAACAAGACCGGAUCCUCGACUCAGACCAGAAUGGUGUCAUGAUGGAAUGGGAGCGCGAGAUCAUGCGCAAAUCUGCCGAAAAGCUCCUCCCGACCCCAGGCCUGAAGGUUUUGAAUAUUGGCCACGGAAUGGGGAUCGUGGACGGAUUUUUACAGGAGAAGGCGCCUACAUCGCACCACAUCAUCGAAGCGCAUGCUGAUGUUGUGGCAGAGAUGAAGAAGCGUGGCUGGGAUAGUAAGCCUGGUGUUGUGAUUCAUGAGGGCCGGUGGCAGGAUAUUCUGCCUGCUCUGGUGGCGAACGGAGAGACGUUUGACGCGAUCUAUUAUGAUACGUUUGCAGAGUCGUAUGCUGAUUUCCGCGAUUUCUUCUCGGAACAGGUUAUUGGGUUGUUGGAGCAGGAGGGGAAAUGGGGUUUCUUUAAUGGGAUGGGUGCUGAUCGGCAGAUUUCUUAUGAUGUCUACCAAAAGGUUGCCGAGAUGGAUCUGUUCGAGGCGGGCUUUGAUGUUGAGUGGGAGGAUAUCCCGGUUCCCAAGUUGGAGGGCGAGUGGGAGGGUGUAAGGAGAGCGUACUGGGUUGUCGAUAAUUAUCGUCUGCCUUUGUGUCGGUUUAUGGAUUAA